CCGAAUUAUCCCUUCUGACCAUAUUUUAUGAAAGGAUACGGAGGCUGAUUAAUUACCAUAAUUAGUUGAAUAUUUAUUUCUUGUAUCUUUAUUUUUAUAUAUAUUUUUAAACUAUUGGGGACGUUAGCGAUUCCUUUACGUUCAGCAGUUGAUUUGAUAUGGGAGGUAAAUUCAACUGCUGACUUGUUUGUGUUAUGAUUGAGAUUUAAAACAAACCCUGCUUCGUUUGUACGCAACCAUUUUCUAGCUACUAUGUCUUUUUCUGCAAACAUUUGUUUUGAAAGAAUAUUUCCACAGCUUAUACCAUUGAAUGAAAAGCUCACACAAUUUAGAGGAUUCAUAUCAGCACUGGGAGAAGAGUUCGAGGUUAUGUUGCACCUAGAAAAUGGAAACCUGCAGCUUCAAGGAAGCUGGAGACUGCAACAGUUGUUAAAGCCUUGCCAUGAAGCUGUUGUGCAGAGUCUGAAACAGAGUCCUGAACUCAAUAUAUUUCUACUGGAGUUGAAAGAUUUACUGGAGAAACAGCUAAGACAAACCAAACUAAGAAGAGAAAUCCUUCUUCCCCCACCCCAGUACUACAGUGCACUGUUGUCACAUAUAGCUCAGAGUGGUUGGGACAAGGUGGAGUACGUAGACCCUGACCUUAAUACACUACAUCUGAGAGCAAAAGAUGAGAAUGGAAGAUUACACAUUCUGCAGUUACAUCUACCUAGAGAGUACCCUAAGAAACCACCAGUUUGUUCAGCUGAUCUCCCAGAGGAUUUUGUGUUCAAGUGGCUCACGACUAGCUCUCUCCAGGAUAUCCUGGAACAAUUCCAGACAAAGUUAUGCUUUUUCCAAGACUUCUGGAUGUGUAUGGAUGAAAUUGACAGCAGCUGUUGGGUUCUGGAACCAGAGAAACCUCGAAGAAAAGACUGUAAAAGAAGACUUGUUCUUGCCACAAAUGGAUCUGUACAGAUCUCUGUUAACCCACAAUGUCACAGAAGCAUUCCUGAGUGUCAGUUCCUUGGAGCAGAAAGAGUUAUUGGUCCUUUUAGAGAUAAUUUCAACCAGAACUUGGAGAAGUGGGAUGUUAACAGCACUAUUUUAACUAACCUAAAAAUAGUUUUGGAUGUCAAAUUCCCUUCACCAUGCAGCUCUAAUAAAGAGGAUUACGUUGUGGAGUGUGGGAUUUGCUAUUCUUUCCGACUGAAUGAUGCCUUGCCAGACAAGUCCUGUAAUAACUCCCAUUGUAGUCAGCUUUUUCAUGUAGAAUGUUUAAUUGAAUGGCUGAGGUCUGUCUCAACAACAACACAAAGUUUCAGCAUUUUGUUUGGAGAAUGUCCAUAUUGUGACAUGCCUAUCAUGUGCAAGAUGUCUUAGGUCAUCUGACGAAACAUUGGUAUGGCCCUGGAUUUUGUGAUUCUUCUCCUGCUCGAAAUUCUGUUUGCCAUCACAUAGUAGUUAAAAUGAUCUUGUUAUCAGAGCUGGUGAUAAAAGAGCUAUUAACACAUUGUGCUGUGAUCAAAUUAUGGUAAUUUAACAUGUUUGUUAAAGAAUAGUUUUCUUAACACACUGGGGAAUUAAAGAAUUGUUAACGUUUUUGGUCAUAAUUUUUAUUAAUUUUCUGAGAAAAGCAUUUUAGGCCAGGUACGAAAACUUUCCAGUUUCUUGUAAGAUAAUUUCAGAAACCUAAAAUUGGGAAGAGUUUUAUUAUUAUUGUAUAAAUGUUUUGAAGAACUGAACUGUUAUUCAGUCACCGAAGUGAUGCAUAUGUACAUAUAUUUAUAUAUCGAUGCCAUUUACAAUGUCAUCCUUGCCACUAAAGACAGCGGACAAAAAUUAUAUUCAAUUAAGACGAGUAUAGGUAGUGCUUUUUUGAUCCAACACGUGAAAAUAGAUACAAAUUUUUAAAAUUUGAUAAUAAAAAUAUCUGAUGUUUAGAAGGAGAGGAAUGUUUAAAACUAUCUGCAUGAGGCAGAAAUGAAGAUAAAGUCAAAUGUUACAGAUGAUUACAUACACAUUUUUUAUAUACAACAUUUAACACUUGAGAUUUCUGUUGCUAAACAUAUCAAUUAUGGUUGUCUUGUGUUGCCAUAUUUGGAGAUUUAGAUGUUUGAAAGUUUAUUCUACAAAAUUGGAAUACUGUAGAAAAAAUAUUGAUAGUUAUGUAAUUGAUAGUUUU